UUUACGCCUACCGCUGGACCAAGUUGAAUGGGAAUGGCAUCGUCACACAUUCCGCCGCCAAGAAGUGAUGUGGUAGACAUGACUUCAGAGAGAGAUGACGCAGCAGAGUGGUCGGCAAUAGAUCUCACUGGGCCCGAAACGGCCGAGUCACCUGCAGCAUCUGGUGCGGGAACGUUGGCAGCCGCUUCGAAUAGAUCGUCGACCCUUGAGGAGGAUAGCGAUUGUUCAUCUUCAGAUAUCCUGUGCGCUACGCAAGACGCACGUUUCGCGAACUUCACCCCGACCCGACGCAGGAAUAUGCCGCCCGGUAACCCAGGCUCUGCCAACAACGAUGCUGGCAAUUCAGCGGUAGCAGUGAUUGAGGCACCUCCCGCGGGGGAGAGUCCGGGUGAAGGCGCAUCUUCUGCGAUUGAUCUCAGCUUUGACAGUGAGAUUUCCGCGACAGAUAUACCAGUGGCGAUGGAUUAUUCACCAGAGGUGGGCAGAACAGUGAAAGGAGUCCAUUCCGAUGGGCUUGCCUCUUCCAGCAACGGUGGCGAUAGCCAAGCCGCCGUUUCGGGAGCGGCGGUGGCCGUAGGAGGUCCCUGCAGAGAGAAGGAUACAUCUCUUACUGCUCCAGAGAACGGUGGAGGGUCCGGCGGAUCCGACGUUGAUUCCGCACUCGCUCCUGAGUUUGGCCCCAAUUGCAGUCCCGAACUUGGUCCUGAGUUGGGCCCUGACUGUGUGGCCAUCGAAAGCAGCAACGGCAGUGAGAACGACGCAAGGUCGCUUCCACCAUCAAUAGGGUCAAGGUCGCCUCCACCAUCGACCGGGACUACCGAGGGGAAGGAUUUGCCCGACUGUUCAACGUGGAAGCCAUCAGGAAUUUUACCCAACCGUGCCGCAAAGGCUGUAGUCAACAAAGGGGGCAACCCGUCAAUAUCUCCCCGGGCUGAUACUGUUUCUUCUGCUCUUACCGCUGCAUGCGCUGCCGGGUCUUCCACUCCCAUCCCUGGCGUUUCUGAUGUCGGCGUUGGUUCUGCUGUCAAUGGAGGUGGCGGUAACGCUGUGAAACGUACUGCUGGCGCUGCCCCUUCCGAUGACACUCUGGGGGUAGAAAACGAAACCGGAGACGAGGCCGCAAGCGAGUCAAAAGAGUUUCUUGCCGCAAAAGCAAGUACGCACACCGCAAUCGGCACGGCUCAUAGCGCAGCUAAAGCCCCAGAGACUUGGUCGAAGCCCAGUCUAGACUCGGAAGUUAAUAUACCCGAGGAAAGAGAUGAGGAGGCAGCAAUGGCCGCUGGGCACGUUGCCAACCCCGCUGGGUUAUCGGAACUGCCGAAGGCCGCACUCGGUGCUGUUGCAAGCCAAAGCUCAAUCUCUACCGGGCCCGCGGGUGAUGAUGCCCCGGUGAAAGUUGGCGACGCCAUUAGGAUGGAAGCCUUGAAAUCAUUUCCCCCUGAUGGUGUUCAACCGGCAGGGAACGGUGCCGAGUCAACUUCGAAAGGAAUGUUUUGCGGCCGAUUGACGGAGAUCGGUCUUGGAGUUGAUGCCAGCCACAAGCUCGGCGGCACGGCGACGGCAGAGCGUGCUGACGAGUCUAGGGAGCGUGGCAAAUCAAUAGAAAUUGCAAAAACUCCUGCUACAGCGUCAGCCACUCCAGUUGAGGAGGGGUCGCGUGGAACCCCCUCGAUGGGACAAAUUGCUGGUGAGGGGGUCAGUGACAGCGACAAGGCGGUUAUCUCUCUCUCGGAUGCCAGAACGAUGAUGGGGACAGCGAGAGCGUCACCUCUGGUAGUAGCGGCAGUUGCAGCAGCUGCAACAGCAGCUGCAGCCCGAGAUGCACGGGUGUCGUGUCCGGUGACGAACGUUGGAACAGAACCUAACGCGGUGGGGUCUCCUGUAACCACGAACGAUGCACAAUCACCCCCGGUUGUGGCAGCAGUUGAACCAGCAGCCGCAGCAGCUACAUCUCAAGACGUAAACGGGUCAUGUGCGGCGACCACGACUGUCGGAAAAGGACCAACUACGGUGAAAUCACCUGCAACUACGAAAGAUACAGUAGCCAACGCUUCCGAAGUAAAGGUCCCGGAUGCUCCGAGUCCGGUCGCGGCGGCUCCGGCGAGCGCCAACCAGGGUCAAGUGCCGAGCGUGCGACAGGAGGCGUCUGUGAAUUUACGCAAGCAUCCGGCAGCAGGAACGGCGAAAACCCGAAACGGGCCCCUCCACAAACCUUGCCACUUGUACCUGCAGGUGAUCGGGCCUGCUCCCACGCAGGACAAGGUGCCGCCAGCGAAAAUGGUAACGCUUGGUAAUCGAGACGCAAAGCCGGUGGACCUUCUCACGACGCUGAGCAAGCCGGGGAGGUACACGCUAUACGUGACAGCUUCCAAUCGGUGGAACGGCGGCGGAGUGUGCGAGGACCCCUCGGAGCAGCCGAUUGAAAUCAAGCACUUCUGCAUUCCGGACAAUCUGUUCCCCGCGGGGGAAGCUUGUUGCAUUGGGUGCGGGGAGGUCCUCCCCUACCGCCCCCACAGGCGGGUUAUCAAGGACCCCCUUGGGCCGGGCCCCCUAGAGCUACGGUUGAUUCCACGGUCAGGUCUCAGCUUUCUUGCCGACCUGACCGUGCACGUCUCGAUUCCCCUCCUGCGUGGAAAGGGCUCCAAGUGUAGCGCUUGUAUGACCACCUCGGCUGAGGACUACGCCGCGCUGUCGAAUGAAGACGUGUCAAGGGCGUUGGCGUUGAAAGCGGUCGCCCACGGCAGGGAUCCCGCGAUGCUCAAGGAACUCAUGGUUUCUGCAGUGCCUGCCACCAUGGCAACAACGACUGAAUCUGCCGAACCACCAGACGAGGGCGCCGUCGCGACGGCGACGAUGGAAUCGGCGAAAUCGUGGUCAUAUUCGAUUCAUGAUGUUCUGGGGAUACAUGCCCCUGGUGCGAAUCAUUCAACAUCCGCUUCCGCUACAACACCCGCUCCAUCCAUCGUUGCCGCUGAGCGUGAUGUUGGAAUCGCCGCAGCGUCCCCACCGGUGCCUGCUACUGCAGUGAGCACCUCUGGAAUUUCCCAAGAGGGCGUAAAAACGACCUCUGCUACUCAUGUAUCGGCUGCCAACACCAACACGGGCACGAAAGAAUCAGAGGCAGUCGCUUGCGUGCGGCAGGGCGAAGAGAGUCCAGGAAAAACGUGUACGGAGCAUGCAUCCAGCGUGGAAGCAUCAACGAGGCCGAUCCUUGGUGAGGGAGAACCCGCAGCGCGCGAGGGGCCCAGCAGCGCUGCAACCAAGGCCGACAGCGUUUUCGCUGCAACAUCAAGCUCGUUGGAGCCCAUGUCGUUGACGACACCCAAGUCGCCGGUGGCGCCGGGCCAAGCAGGAAGAAGCUCUCAGGGCGCUCAAGCUGGUCCAGGAGAUGGGGCCGUGGAGGCGGUGAAAACACCAGCACACGGAAAGGUGCAUGAAUCCUUGAGUGGCUUCAAGCGUGCCUUGAUUCUGCUUGAUCGCGCGGUGAAGGUCGGGGCAGGGAACAACAUGGGCGAGGCGAAGCGGGUGCUGUGGCCCAUCGCCGAACGCCUCCAAGACGCGUUGACGGUCGCCAGGAAGUCGAGUUCCAUCGAACCGAAGAGCUGGGACGAACUUCAAGGAGACUUUGGGGCGAUUCGCGAGAAGCUGAUGGGGUCGAGUUCCCGUGAUGGCAAUGCGCUUGGAAGGGCUGCUGCUGAAAUGGACAGCUCUGACAUUAGCGCUGGUGUCGAUUCGGGGGUUGCAGGUUUGGAGGGUGGAGGGGUGAAGGAGAGACCGCGGCAACCAGCACAACCAGGGGCGCUUCCUCAACCACCAACCGGGCCGAGCGUGUCAGAUAGUCCAAGUGGCGUGUCGCAGCUUGCUGAGGGGGACAACCCGCUUGCUGUACCGAAAGGUCCAGCGAUUCACGACCGCGACGCCGCCCCUGAGGCUGUAGCCACCUCGCCAUGCGCCAGUCAACCGUCGUCAGGAGCAGCGCCGCAGCUGGAGGAUGAAGCUAGCCGUCCGGGGCACCAGCCUGAGCACCGUGACCGAUCGCCAUCUUCGCCUCACCAGCAGCACGCUGGUCAAUGUUCGCCGCCGCAGCAGCAGAACACUGACCAGCAAGCAUCGUGCCUCGACCGUCGCGUGGUUGCGGCUCCAGCGCCACUCCCAGCGGCGGCGGGUCUAACCGAGCCCGUUAAUAGCCACAACGGUUCCGCAGGGGCAAACGAAGAUGCCGUGGCCGGCCCUGUUGAAAACCAGAACGAACUCACAGGGGCAACCGCAGAUGCCGUGCCAACGGCAGCAGCGGCUCCCCCUUCGAAGUCGCAUUCCAGUUCGGCGGAGAAGGAUGACAACCAAGUCUGCCCCAGCUGCGGCGGUGUAGGGUGGGUCAACAAUGAUCUGAGCGCCUGCCGCAUAUGCCUCUGGAGCAAGGGGGACGUAGUCCCCAAACAGGGAGCAUUUAGUCCAGUGGCGACGGUGACGUUGGCUGCAGUAGUAUCGGGAAAGCGGCAGGACGAAGGGGUAGGGAUGGCGAAAAAGCGAGACGGGAGCAGCGGAGAUAGACAAACGGCGGCCCAAGCAUCACUCCCAGCAAAACCAGCGCUGACAGGGGUAGGACCCCCGGCUACCGCUGCUUUCAACGGGAAGCGGAGCAGAGAUGAGGCGGCGUUGGACGCAUCGGCAGCUCCAGUGUUGUCGCCUGCUGGACUCGCAGCGGGAAAGGGUGGUACGGAGAACCCAGUAUCUCCUUGGUCGACCAGCGUUGGGAGCGGGAAGCGCAACAAAAUCGCUGAAAGUGUCAGUCCACCCAAUGCCGUGGAUGAGUCGGCGUCAGGUGUGGACACGACAGAUGUCGACAAGGGUGUGUCGCAGGCGGACUCGGACGUCGCCUCGCCUCGUCACCUUGCCCCGGAAGCUGUUGCGACAAUGCAAGAAGUGGUGCAGCGGCAAGAGGACAAGGUAGUGAAGGCAGCAGCUGUCGCGCCAGCUGAGGCCGAACGACCACCACCAGCGGCGUCGGCGGCAACAGCGGCUGCGGCGACAACAGCAGCUGCGGCAACUGCUGCGGUUCCAAUAACUGCUGUAGCGGGGAAACAAGCCGCGGCAGCACCAGCAGCGGCAGCAGCAACAGCUGUUGGGAGUGAUUCAAAGGACACAACACCCGCCGGCCCCUCGGGAUGUACUGCAGAGCAUUUAUCGGUAAGCAUGGCGGCACGCGAUGUCAGCCAUGCCGUGACGACGGCUUCCUCGGCAAUGCCGUCACACGCAGACCCGCCUGGGCAUGUGGUGGUAACAUCGACUCAAGCGAUGUCGCAGCUUGGUCAUGGCCGUGAGAUACAGAACAUGUGGGCUCACCUUCCUGUCUCUGCAGCGACGCACCAUUUGCACCGCCCAACAGUGGUGGGGGCCGUUGCUGAGGCUACGGCAGCUGCACAUGCUUACGCGCGCGCCCAAGUCGCGUCUUUUGGAAGGUGGGCAUCGACGCACGGGGCGGGACAAUCGGCGUGUAGUUCGGCCGGCGCAACAGCAUCAUCAACGAGCGCCAGCUUCACCGGAAUACCACCAAGAGUGCCACAGGCUUGCAAUAUGUCCGCGGCAGUCUUGGCAUUCCCGCUGGCCCCGUUGCACCAUCCCGGCCGGGAGCCGGCCGUUCCUGGAACUUGUACGGAGGCAACAUCAUACGAGGCACAGAUCCGCGCUGUUCUAACGCCUAGCAUGUGGCGUGGCUCGUGGGGGGGCGCGAUAAGAACGGGUUCAACCUUCCAGGCGGCCCAGCGCCCCACUGUUGCUUCCGGUAACGAUGGGCGAUAUAAUCCGAUGUUACCACAACAGCAGCACGUGGACGGCGCGGCAGCCUCGCGUGGUGACGCUACCCCCUCAACGUCGACCAAUGGCGAAAGACUCGAGCCCAGCUUGAGUUCUUCGAGCGAGAAGGCACCACCACCCCUUGCAAUGGCCGGUACGGGGCCGUUGCCGCAACCCGUCUCAGCCGUUGUCAGCCGGAGCACGCCCGCCGCCUUGCCUUCUGCUACGGCUACUGCUCCAGCUACGAUGGUCCCCGCAUUACAGUCGACGCAACCAACGCAGCCCCCCGGUCGUGCACUAAAUGGAGGGAAGAGAACGCCAACUCCUCCAGGCACCCAUGAGUCUUCAUCUCUACCGAGAGUGGUAGCAGCUGGUCCUCCAGCCCCCGGGAGCCAGUCUGCUCGAGUCAGCACAUCGUCGUCAUUGUUGCCACCUCGGGGUACAUCUGGAAGUGCCGUCAAUACGUGCCCAUCCUCGGGAAAGGGCGCCGGUGCAGGGGCUUCUGCUUCGGGGACGCUUGUCGGGGGUGAGCUCGAGAAAACAAGGAGAGAGUCUUGUGUUGGCGGGGCCGGAGGAGGAGGGGCACCAGCCAAGGGUCAACCUGCUGUCGGGCGUGAGGGGGUGGAGGGGGUACAACAAAAGCUAGAGAGGGCUAAGGUUGCGAAAAAGCUUAGGCGAGAGGCGUUGUUACGCCGUUGCAUCACCAGUGCCGAGAAUCUCCACCUCGAGUUUCGGAGCGUGGAAGCGGCGGAUGCGAUGGACCGUGGUGACGAUGAACUGUCCAGACUGUACUUGACCGAGAGAGAUUCCAUCAUUCCCGACAACACCCGGUGGGGAGUGAGACCCCGCGGGCAGCCCCUGCCCUACGACUGUCUGUUCCCGGACGACGAAGCACGGGGUGCCGUCAGGCGAAAAUCUUCCGCGGGCGACCAAAGGCUGGCACGAAACAAGAAAUGCCGGAAAGGUUCGUGGGGUGGUAGUCGUGGCGGGGGGCGAAGAUCGACGGCAGAGCAAGCGGAGUUCGUUGGAGAAUGGCGCGAUUGAAUAGCCACGCCAGACCACAGGAGGUUCCCCCUUGGUGCUGAGUGUCUUGCUGGAUAACCAACAUCUGCGUGUUCGCGUACCUAGCGCCUUGCUCGAGCAGAGGUGAACCACGUUUUCCGUGAGUUGGUGAUGAUAACAUUUUUUUGGCGAUGGCAGUAUCGGGAGUUCGAUGGCGUAAGCCGUAUAUGUGGUGGUGAGUCAACAGUUUUAUCCGUAAGGAUCUCUACAUGGUUGCGUAUGUUGUCGCUGUGGUCAUUGUCUACAUGUAGUGGUCGUCUCUGAUUUUUUACCGUAGCUGUACCCCCGUUUUAAUAACUUGUGUUUGGCUGAUUCAUGAUGUGAUGGCACUUUAAGAGGUGUGCGUCUGGUGUUUUUACUUGUCCUGCUCCAUGGGGCAUAAGUGGGUGAUUUCGAAUGCAAUGCCGGCCAGGGGUGGGUUGUUUCUCACACCGAAUUUGAAUGACGUGCAUAGAUCUCUCCGUUCCCCUGACGAUA